AUGGCUGAUGCAAAGCAAUUCAGGAACCCUUGCGAAAUGAUCCCUCUCUCUCCUGCUCUGCUCCGACAAAUAUUCGAGUGCGGCACAAAAAUCGAGGUCAAGGAAGAUCGCGUCAAGUUCUCACACCGCGUGGCGUCCGUGUGUCGCACAUGGAGAGAUGUAGCGAACGGCACGCCCACCUUGUGGUCCACCGUACAUAUAGCCCUGGGACGUGAACAUGCUCUCCUCUCCCUCGAAAAAUCCUUGGAGCGCUCGCGUUCGCAGCCGUUGGAGAUCUCGAUUGCUCAGGGUCCCUGCGAGGAUGAAGAGGAACCGAAUGCGAUUCGUCAGGCCAUGGACCUUUUAAUGCCACAUAUGAAAAGAUGGAGGACCGUCCAUAUUGAUGUUUUCAGCGUGGAGACAGUGGUUGCCGCAGUCGGAAAAUGGAAUGGGAGCGCGGACGCUCUCGAGGAGAUAUUUCUUGGCACGACAGGGGAGCAAUUAGACGAAGACGACCUGGCCAUCUUCGCGCUGAACCCGACGUUUUCUGCGCCUAAUCUUCAUCUCUGUGUCGUGUACGAUCUGUAUUGCACCUCGGAGGGGCCCCGUCUGCCCAAGAUCUUCCCCGCAAUGCAAGACCUGUCUAUUGUGCGGACGGGUUUCAAGGAUGUUACGACCAGCGCACAGUACCUGAAGGUCCUGGAACCUCUCCGCUCUUUGCGUUCGUUGAAUCUCUUCGAGCCUGAUCUCGACCAAGGUGGUGCCGACGACAACGCGGUGGAGGGCGGACAGGUUUCCUUACCAGCACUCGUAGAGCUGGAACUUCAGUCAAUAUCGUAUAAUACACUCGAUCGCUUCCUCGCCGCAUUGGACGCACCCUCUCUUGCCACUCUGAGUCUCUCGAGAUGUAACGACCUUGACAUGAACUCCCUUCCCCACAUUCGAGACCAGCUUGCUCGCUUUCCCUCACUGGACACCCUUCGCCUCUUCCGGAAUACACUCAAAAUGGAGCACAUCUCGGACAUCUUUGGCAGCCUGAGGUGUUUCUGUCUCGUUUCGAUCUCGCUCACUGAGCUGUUCUCGUCGCUCAAACCGAAGCUCAAACGAGGAUGGUACCUCCCCAGGUUGACAGCCAUGGAGAUCCACUGUGAAAAGGGUGUGCCUUUGACAUUGCUGGGCCAGGUUGUGGAUGUGCGGCACGCUGGUGCCGCGUCGGAGCAGGCCGACGAUGCACCGCGCGCGAUUCAGGAUAUUACGGUUUACACCAAGGAUCCGAUUUCGGAAGAAGAUCGCCUGUGGUUCGAGAGCAAAGUGCGAACUUUCGUGUGGCUGGAUACGGACCUGUACAAAGGAACCGACGUUGGCGCCACAAAACUAAUAUGCGCUGUUCCCGAUUGA